GUUGCGCAGUGGGUCGGGUCGCCUUCCGGGCUGCAGUCGGCUAGCGGGGCAGACCCUGGGGGGCGCUGUGCAGCCGCCUCGUGGUGUUGCUUCAUCUGUGUCCUGCCCCCGCGCCCAGGAAGCAGUCCUUUUCCACUCUGGUGCGGGGACGCCUGUCAGCCCCUUCUUUGGCCCUGCGAGGCUCUGGCCACGUGUCCAGUGGGACUCUCCAAAGGUCCUGUUUAGGAUGAAUGUGAUUUGGAGAAAUUGCAUUUGUCGUCUGAGGCAAGGGAAGGUGCCACACAGAUGCCAGAGUGUUAUCCACCCGGUGGCCCCUCUGGGGUCAAGGAUUUUAACUAACCCAGCCAAAGUUUUUGAACACAACAUGUGGGACUACAUGCAGUGGUCUAAAGAAGAAGAAGACGAAGCUAGAAGAAAAGUAGAGGAAAACUCAGCCACCCGAGUCCCUCCAGAAGACCAAGUUAAGUUUGAAAGUGAUGCUAGCAAAUACUGGGGCACAUUUUACCAGACUCAUAAGAAUAAGUUUUUCAAGAAUCGUAAUUGGCUGUUAAGGGAAUUUCCUGAAAUUCUUCCCCACCACCAAAACACUAAAGAGGAAGUGGGAGAAUCGUCCUGGGAUCACUUCAGAAGCAACUUCUCAAGAAUGCAAGGGACAGAAAAGCAUUGUGGAAAGAGUUCUGUCUUAUCAGAACCUCGGAGCAAAGGAAGAGCUGACUUUCCCAACCGAGACCUGGAAGAACACAGCAAAGGGCCUGGGAGGACAGAGCGCUUUCCUGGUAGCGACGCCACUUUCCGAAUACUAGAGGUUGGCUGUGGUGCGGGAAAUAGUGUCUUUCCAAUCCUGAACACCUUGCAGAACAUUCCAGGAUCCUUUCUUUAUUGCUGUGAUUUUGCUUCUGAAGCCGUGGAGCUUGUAAAGUCGCACGCGUCCUACAGUGAGGCCCACUGCUCUGCCUUUACCCACGACGUGUGCGAUGGCGGCCUGGCCUACCCUUUCCCGCCGGGGACGCUGGAUGUCGUUCUCCUCGUGUUCGUGCUCUCUUCCAUUCACCCUGACAGGAUGCAAGCCGUUAUCCAUCGACUGUCGGAGUUGCUGAAGCCCGGGGGAGUGCUGUUAUUUCGGGAUCAUGGGAGAUACGAUAAUGCUCAGCUUCGUUUUAAAAAAGGGCGUUGUUUAUCUGAAAACUUUUAUGUCCGAGGAGAUGGUACCAGAGCCUAUUUCUUUACAAAAGGGGAAAUCCACCACAUGUUCUGCUGCCAGGCCGGAUUACAUGAAAAGCAAAAUCUGGUUGAUCAUCGCUUGCAAGUUAAUAGGAAAAAACAAGUGAAAAUGCACCGAGUGUGGGUUCAAGGAAAAUUCCAGAAGCCAUUGCACUGGACUCAAAGGAGCUGAAAUUAGCAUUUUCACUCCUUCCUUGUGACUGAACUCUGUGUCCUGUUAAGUAUCAAACCAGGGUGUGAUAUUGUUCAAAGGCUUCUUUCCAAAGACAAAUAGAGCAUCCGCAG